CCCCAAGGGCAAAUUAAAGACACGUGUUGUGAUUACCGAAGCGUCGAGGAUAUCCAACAAGAUAUAUUUGACCGAAUUCAAUCGCUUUUGAAUUUGUGGCGUGAAUGUCCAUUUUGGAACGACGAUGGUCUGUGCAUGAAUCGGGAUUGUUCGGUUGAAACAACCGAUGAGUCUUCGUUACCUGAAGAAUGGCGACAGCCAGCGUUGAGUGCGGUACAAGUUUCUCCGAAAGGAUCGCUAUUCCAACCUUUCGAGACCUGUCAAUAUAAGGACCAAGAUUUCUGUCUUGUGGAAGAUGAAAGCGAUGCAGUAGAUGGCGUUUACGUUGACUUGACUGAUAAUCCGGAGCGAUUCACGGGGUAUUCAGGACAAUCUUCGGGAAGAGUAUGGAAAGCCAUUUACGAGGAAAACUGUUUCAACAUUGUGGACAGAAUGACGGAAGGAUGUGAAACGUGCACCAAUGUAAUGCAUGCUGCAUCGUCUCUUGCGCAGGCAACCAACGAAUUUGUUAAAGUACCUGCUGACGAAGAGAAGUUUGAGCGUUUGCUGAAUGAUUUGGCAGAAGAUUCCGAUGGUGGAUUCGGAGAUAAUGAAGAAGUGUGCCUGGAAAAGCGGGUAUAUUAUCGUCUAAUCUCAGGACUACACUCGUCCAUAUCAAUCCAUAUUUGCGAUGAGUACUUUAACCAAGCUACUGGCAAAUGGGGACCCAACCUCGACUGUUUCGUUAAUCGAAUUGGAUCGCAUCCUGAGCGUUUGCAAAACAUUUACUUUACCUAUGCACUGGUCAUGCGAGCUGUAACGAAGUUGGGAAACUAUUUGGAAGAUUACAAUUUCUGUACUGGCGAUAGCGCAGAUGAUAUGAGCAUUAAGGCGAAUGUACUUGAUUUGAUCAACAGCGCCCGUGCGUGUCCCGCCACGUUUGAUGAAACGACCAUGUUCCAAGGUCCCGAUGCUCGGUCAUUGAAACUAGAGUUUCGUGAUCAUUUCCGCAACGUAUCUCGUAUUAUGGAUUGCGUCGGAUGCGAAAAAUGCAGGCUUUGGGGCAAGAUCCAGACUACUGGAUUAGGCACAGCACUUAAAAUACUCUUCUCAUACGGUGAAAACAAUCUCAAUCCAAAGCGAAACCCCGGUCUUCUGGAACGUUCAGAAAUUGUCGCACUUUUCAACACGCUCAACCGUCUUUCCGAGAGUUUACAGGCUAUAAAGAAAUUUAGACAGCUUUACCAUGAACGUGUUAAUCAAACAGAGGUAUUGAUAACUGCUUUGAAAAUGAUUCUAUGUUUUUACUUUAUUUCAUCUAAUAUCCGAUAA